UACUAAUGAUUUGAUGUCAACUGAAGGCAGUUAGAUGAACAAACUGGACGCAACAUGGUAAAUGGACGGGGAAAUUUGCUGUUCUUAGCCACUAUAUUAUUGUGGCUAGCUCCCGGGCAAGGUAUGCCAGAAUUGCCCAACCGACGGUCCUCAGAAGUAUCCUCGGACGAAUGCGAGUCGUCAAAGUUGUGGGCGGAGAUGGAUCGGGAUACGCUCCUGUGCGCUUCCAACGAUGUCACCUACUUAAACCUAUGCGAGUUUCAAAAAGCUCUCGAUAAAGACCCCACGUUAAAACUCAUAGAAAAUGGACCAUGUUUCUGUGAUCCAGAAGAAAGUCACGAAUGGAAUCCUGUAUGUGCUUCAAACGGACAGUCUUACGCUAACAACUGCGAGUUAUCAAAAGCAAGGAGGUUGGAACUAUUAUUUAUACGCCAUCUCGGUUUAUGUAACGCUAUGCUGAAGAGAAAUACUAUAACAUAUAGAGAACUACAAAAGGUAAAGCUGUGGAGUUCAUUCAUGCCCCACGACCUUUACGUUUCCCUUAGUAACCGCGAUUUAGCUGAGGCUCCUCCUAAUAAAAGAGCAGAAAGUAAAAAAUUACAUACAAAACAUGAGCGUUUGGCAUUUGGUCCUGGACAACGGAAGCCUAAAACCAAAAACAAAAAAAAACCUAAAUACGUCAAUCGUCUUUGAAAUAAAAGUAUAUAAAUGUUCAAUUCCAAAGGA